AUACACCUUUUGAAGUAGAUAAUUUGAAUUCCUAGAUUAAAAAUAUUUUCGAUAUGUAAUAUGGCAAUCUGGUACUACCAAAAGAAAGUGUCCUGAAGCUGGUCUUAGAACCAAUCUACAUCCUAUGUUAAGCAGAGAGAAUCACUGAUAAGUCUAGAUAUAAAUUAUUCACUCAGAUAGUAGUACUUGAACAAGUUGUAGGUUUGUUGGUAUGUUACAUACCAACUAAAUCAAUAGCCAAAGUACGCAUAGUUGGUGGUCAAGAUGUGAACAUUUCCGACUACCCCUACCAAGCAUCUUUGAUGUUACAAGGCAGCCACAUAUGUGGUGGCACAAUCAUCAGCAACAGAACUAUCUUAACAGCAGCCCACUGCACCAAUGGACAAAAAGCAUCAUUCUUGUCUGUCAGAGUUGGUAGUUCGUACCGAACGUACGGCGGCCAAGUAAUCGAUGUGGCGAGGUACCACCAGCAUCCCAAAUACACGUCGGAGCCUGUAGACUAUGACGUAUCCGUUUUGAUACUUAAGGACGUAAUUAGUCAUAAGGAUGCAAAGCAACUUGCCAUGGCUUCUAACACAACCGUCACCGAGUCCGGAGUUGGUGUGAUAACGGGUUGGGGCACCCUGUCCUACCAAGGGAUACUUCCAAGUCGUCUACAAAUGGCUGAAGUUCCCAUUGUGAAUCUAGAUAAGUGUAAACAAAUAUAUUCUUCCCGCUUGGUAAAUAAAAGAGCUGUAUGUGCUGGAGGAGGUAGUAUAGAUUCUUGCCAAGGAGAUUCAGGAGGUCCCCUUGUGGUCAAUAAUACUCUUGUUGGAAUCGUGUCAUGGGGUAGAGGUUGUGGAUAUGAGGGAUUCCCAGGUGUCUACGCCAGCGUCUCAGCCUUAAGAAGUUUUAUUGAUGAAUCUAAUUCGGCGAAUAAUUUAUAUACUACUCAGUGUAUAUUUUAUGUAAUUGCAUAUACUUUUGUACAUUUAAUUUAUUAAUAAAUUCUGUUUAAAUUGAAA